CGAAACUUACAGGGCUGAGCUGACAAGGUUUGAUCUCAGCAGAGUGUUAGCACACCUUAAAAACCUUCCUUCGGAGGAAAGAGGAGAGGACUGAACUAAGUUACCCAUCAGCGAACAUCAUGAAAAACGUCCGAAGGCGACUAUGGUUUUUCAUAUUUCUACAGUGUGUCCUGGUCGGCAGUUUAGUUGACUCCUCUUCCCUGUCCUCCUCCACCCAAUCACUGUCCAUCACCUCUAAGGUGGGGAACCAGGCGAUCCUUCCCUGCAGCUGGAAGAAGCGCCUAGGUGAUGUGGCCUUGCCCUCCUGCCACAUCCAGUGGGCGACCCCGGCCGACACCGUGUUCGAGCUGCGGGGGGAGCAGAAGUGGCAGGCCGAGGAGUUUGAGGGUCGGGUGGAGGUCCCCAAGGAGAAGCUGGGGUCCGGGGAUUGCUCUCUGAUCAUCAAUGACGUUCAGAUUGGAGACACGGGGAGAUACGAGAGCUUCAUGGUGGUCGAGGGAGUGAGGUCCAUAAAAACAAGGGUGUUCAUUCAGAGCGUCAAGUUCACUGUGUUCGAUCACAAGGUCCUUCAGUCCAAAGGUCCAGGUGAGGACUUAGUUUUGGAUCUCUACACCCGUCACUCUGUAAGAGUGGUCUUCCUGGGCAGGAACAGCUCGGUGUGGUCCGACCUGUGGAUGAGGGGGGAUGCGAACAGCGAGCGUCUGCAGAAACAUCCUCUGAACGAGCAGCUGACGAUAAUGAAGUUGAAGAGCUCAGACGAAGGAACUUACAAAGUUCUGGAUGAACACGGCCUCGCUGUCAGCACCGUGCAGCUCUCAGUGGAGGAAAACUCCACAGCUCUCAAAUACCACCAGAUCCAUCUGGAAAAUCCAGUACCAACAGGUGAUGCUGUCAAAAGCAGCAGUUCAGUUCUUCUCAUCUUGUCUGUUCUUGUCAUGAGUUUCGAAAUUCUUCAUCUCCUCUGAGAAAAUGUCCUCUGCUAAAUAACUACACAUAAGUACAAUUUAACAGCUACCAGACACACUAUAACCAGCACAUGAGGUAAAUGUUUUCUUUAUUAUCACUGUGUUUCAUUAACUUAAGCCUGAAUGAUAUUUUUAUUGAGCCAAGUGAGCCCUGUGUGGAUUUUGUUGAUAAGGCUCAGUUCAGAAUGACAAAUUUGAGUGUUUGAGAUGUGAUUUAAGUGGAGAAGUUUGUAUUUUUGUUUGUCAGGCUGAUGUCUCAGAAAUCUCUGGAAGCAAUUUUACUGUUUUCAAUUAAAAUGUGGUUAAAAGGAAUAGUUCUAUUUUUUUGGAAAAUGUGCAUUUUCACUUUUUCGAUUUAGAUGAAACCAUGAACACCACUCGCAUUUUGUCCAUUGAUUAUGAAGGUGGAGUCAUGGUUGUGGGUAGCCUAGUUUAGCACAAAGGCUGGAAGCAGAGGGAAACAGCUAGCCUGGCUCUUUCCGACAUUCAGAAAUACAACAAAAUGUAAUUCCACAUACUGAAGUAUUGUUUUAAAAAAUGUGAGCAAAAUUAUGUUUGGUGAAUAUGACUAUAGAAAAAAAGACAACGUUGUCCAUAUAUAUAUAUGCAUGUGCACAUGUAUGUAUGUAUAUUUGCGCACAGUAAAUGUAUGUACGUGUGCUUGUAUGUACAUGUGUAUGUGCACAUGUAUACACUAAUGUAUGUCAGUAUGUAUGUAUAUGCAUAUGUAUGUAUGUAUGUUUGCAUGUAUGCGUGCAGCAUCUACGUAAAUACACACAUAUGCACAUACAUACAUAAAUACAUUAAUGCCUACAUACAAAUGCACACACAUAUUAUGUACAUACAUAUCAUGUUAAACUAUCAAAGUGGCAUCUUUGCACUUUUAACCAAUUAAAUACCACUCAGAUUAAUUUCCUGUCCUACAGAUAACCAAGAGUUUAUUUCAUAUCCAUUUCAAAUCUUUUUCUAACAAUUAUUGUCAAUAGUAGUGUAAAAUAUGUUUGGUAACAACUCAACUGUGAUUUGUUUGGUGUGAUCCUAUUGGUCAUAUUUAUAGAACUUAGCUUGCAGUAUUUAAAUCUGUUCUAAUGUAUUUACCUGUAUUUCAGUCAAUCAACCUGAAGUCAAAUAAAUAGAUAUAAUAAAAGAAGCAAAUAAA